AUGGCUCGCCCGUGCCACACAAUGGGCGUCGUGACUCUUCUCCUUCUGGCGUUCGCCCUCCUCUCCGCUCACGCUGCGGAGAUGAAAACCCGCGACGACCUCGCCGUGACUCCCGAGCCUGCUACUCCCAUCAGUCCCGUCACCACUCCUAACCCCGUGUCGGCCUCUCAGGACGUCUUCACUGAUGAUCCCUUUGGCACUCCGAAGCCGUCGGUCACGAAUGCGGGCCCGUCGUUCGACCCCAACGACCCUCUGGGCGGCAGGGACCCUCUCGCGGGCGACGACACCAAGGCCGGUAUGCAGCAGACAAGCGCGACCGACUCCAGCGCGUAUGACGGCACUGCGCAACCCAACCAGGUAAACCAGUUGCCCCCGACUUUCCCCAAUGCGCCCGCCAACGACACUGGCGUCGCCCAACCGGCCACCUGCGACCCGUCCGACCUGGCCGGUUACACGUCGUCGCAUCAAAUCACCAAGCACGGCCACGUCCUGCACUGGGCCGUCGUCUCCCCAACGGUCGUCAAGAUCGCGUUCGAGGCGAAGCGCGGCAGCGGCGCGGCGUUGGGAUGGGUGUCCGUGGGGUUCUCCAAGGACGGCAAGAUGUCGCCGGCUGACGCAAUCAUUGGCAACCUUCCCGACUCGCCCAUCGCAGCGUACUCGAUGACUGGAUACGACGCGGGGUCCAUCACGGUCAACAAGAACCUGUGGAUCGGCGAUGACGCCAGCCUCGUGUCAAAGACCAACGGCAGCCUCAUCAUGAAUGGCUCUUUCCAGGUUGACUUCUCGUGCAAUGGCGGCAGCGGCGUGGGGAUGCAGCCGACAACACCUGCGCCGGUGCCGGUCCAGGAUACGCAGGUGACGGUGGGGUCGUCGUGCUCGGUGUCGACGCUCGGCCAGUACGACCAUCAAGCUGACCUUUACGACGGAAAGAUUCUGCUGCACUGGAAGGUUCUGUCCGGCCCCGUGUUCCAGAUGGCUUUCGAGGCGAAGCGCCUCAGCGGCGCGGAGAACAGCUGGAUUUCCGUUGGCUGGUCCAACAACGGGGCCAUGGCGCCUGCCGAUGCUGUCGUUGGUAACAUGCCCGGGAUCAAGGCAUACCGCCUCGAUGGUUACAAACUGACUGAGCUCGUGAACGGCACGUUUUCGCUCGGGCUCAACCCGUCCGUCCCACCACCUCGGCUUCUGGGUCCACAGUUGUGA